AUGGCGCAGUUCCUACCUAUCGCGGAAAUUCCGACUGUUUCGCUACUCUAUAAGCUCCAACGCCUAGUCCCUCAUGCUCAACCGCUGAGAUCGCCAUCAAAAUCUCUCAAUGAUACGGUGGCGCUCAUCCGUCAUGACAUAACAAAGCUCGACGGCGUCGACUGCAUCGUCAACGCAGCCAAGAACUCGCUCCUCGGCGGCGGCGGCGUUGACUACGCCAUUCAUAAGGCUGCUGGUCCGGACUUGCUUGAGGAAUGCCGGACACUGGAUGGAUGCGAAACGGGCGAUGCCAAGAUAACGAAAGCAUACGAUUUACCCAACAAGCGAGUUAUCCACACCGUCGGACCGGUGUACAGCAUCGAGAGGCGGCAAGGCAAUGAUGUACCGGAAACACUGCUGCGGCGCUGCUAUCGGCGGUGUCUUGAGGUGGCUGUUAAGAAUGAGAUGAAGAGUAUUGCCUUCAACGCAGUCAGUACGGGGAUUUAUGGGUACCCGUCGAGAGACGCUGCCAUGGCUGCUCUUGAUGAGACGCGCAAGUUCUUGGAAGCAGAGGCAAACAUCGGACUUCUGGAACGGGUUAUCUUCUGCAACUUUGAGUUCAAGGACCAGAAGGCGUAUGAGGAGUUUAUUCCGCUUUUCUUCCCUCCCACAGAACAGCCCCAGGACACAGAGGCAGGCAAGGAAGAUGCCCAAGGUAUAUCUAGAUCACCAGCCGCUCUCGCAGCCUCGCUUCCCGACGCACCAACAGCAGAGCCCAAGAUGGAAGGUCAGCCAGAAAGUAAAAAACAGAAAACUAAUGCUCCAUAUCUUGAAAAGGAACAUGACGCUCGCCCCUCAUAUGUAUCCUCGGAGCUGAGGAGCGAAGACGAGUGGGAUGCGAUAGAAGAAGCCGAGGCUAGGAAUGCUCGCUACGCGGAGUCACUUGAAGCCGACCCUGUCGAGAUUGACCGGCCUUCAUCACCUACUGAUGUGCAGAGUGUACAGUCGAGCGGGAUAAUCGAUGAUAUGGUUCACUCUCAGUCUACAGACGGGCUUCUGGGCAAGGACUGA